AUGCCUCAAUUCAAAGUAGCAAUUUACCUCUACCCCCAAGCCGACCUCCUCGACUUCUCCGGUCCGGCAGAAAUGUACAGCCACAGCGACACCCUGGACGAAAACGCCACCUUCCCCUUCGACGUAACUUCCUUUGCGCACUCCAAUCCCGUCGUCUCGGCCUCACCCGCCCUGGUGUACCAGCCCAACAAGACCUUCGCCGAAAUAGCCGACCAAAUCACAGACUACGACAUCCUCGUCAUCCCCGGCUCCCACGACAAAAUCAUCACGGAACUGAUUGCCACGGAGCCCGGCAAGCAGCUCCUCACUCUGAUCCAAAAGUUCGCGGCUGCGAAACCGCGUGCGGAGACGGGGAAGAGGUUCCUCCAGUCCGUGUGCACGGGUUCGCUGUUACUGGCUGCAUCUGGUGUUCUUGCGGGCCGCACGGCGACGACGCAUCAUCUCAGCUAUGAUUUGCUAAAGUCGAUUGCGGAUGAGGCUGCGGGCGGCGAGUCCAAAGUUAAUGUGGUGAGGCAGCGGUAUGUGGAUGCGGGUACGACGGAUGCUGGUGUGCGCAUUGUGACUGCCGGCGGAGUGAGCUCGGGUAUCGAUGCUACGAUAUAUAUUAUUGGAGAGAUUUUUGGCCAGGAGAGGGCGGAUUGGGUGGCUGAGGUUGCCGAGUUUGAAAGGAGGGAGAAGGCGUGGGGGGUUUAA